AUGGUCUCUAUGGUCGAGACCUCUCACCCCGAGCAUAAUGACACGGUCAUGGACCCCGUCGUGCCCAAGUCCGAACCGUUGCCGGACGGUUCGGGUUCUAUCAGUUCGAACGUGUCAACUCCCGAUGCUGAGGCGGAGCCUUUAACUCAGGACCCCGCGCAGACUCAGAAGAGGAAGGGUGGCAGAAAACCUAUAUAUGCCACCUCGGAAGAGCGUAAGCAGCGCAACAGACAGGCGCAGGCUGCCUUCCGUGAGCGACGGACCGAAUAUAUCCGUCAGCUCGAAACCACCAUCAAGCGCAAUGAAGAUUCUUUACAGAGUCUGCAACAGAGUCAUCGCACCGCUGCAGACGAGUGUCUGAUGCUACGAUAUAAAAACUCUUUGCUGGAGCGAAUCCUUCUCGAAAAGGGUAUCGAUGUACAGGCAGAGCUACGCUUGAAGACGGGAGCACCGGGCGCUUCCGCGAAGGCGAACCCUAUGCCCCCCAAGUCGGCUCCAGGACCUCUUGGCCCUCGCCCCGGGCAAAGGCAUCCCGCCGGUAUUGCCACCAAGCCCGAUGUCUUCGGCAUGUCGCAGCGGGAGGGUGCAUACGGUGUGCCGUCUCCGCAGUUCCAGCCCACGCCUACCUCGCACGUGUCCUCGCCGUCCCACGCCAAGUCGCCCGGAUUCGGUUUCCAGGGUGGCAUGUCACCCGUUGGGGUAGAAUCACAGGGGGGUCGUCCCCAGCUGUUGCCACAACCGCGAACUUUCAACAACCAGUCCUCGCCGCCGGGCAUGAGCAUGCCGCAAACUGACCCGUCGGACUCGAAGCCUCGGGGGCCACGUGGACGGAACGUUGCCGCGGCAUAUUACCCAUCCCCUUUCCAGAAGCAUUACGACCAACUUGAACAAGAAUACGACGCACAGGCCGAUCUCGUGGACGAAGAUCAAGACGGCUCAGUAAAUACACCCUACGGAGUACCGGGAUUCACACCGCAGUCGGUAGCGUCGGGACCACAUAUCACAGGGUUCAACGCUCCUCCCGGUGGGGACGGGAACCCCGGAGAUUUCGGGAAUGCAAACCAGCUGCUGGGCCAGUACGAGCCAAUGUUGGAUGCGGAUCCGUUCGGGCUCAGUGCCAGCAUGCAUUUCCCAACGCCGUUUAACUACGAGCAGAACAAUUCUCGGACGUGA